AUCAAGAAAAGCCACACACUCUCUCUCCCUCUCUCUAACAUAGUCAUACAGAUUUCUUUCUGUAUCUAUCACCUUCUCGAGAACUGAACACACACAAAAAAAUGUGUGGAGGUGCAAUUAUUUCCGAUGAACCCAUCAUCAACAAGAGAGGAAAAUUAACCACAGAAGAAUUAUGGGCCGAAUUUGAUACAAUUUCUGAGUUCUGGGGCUUCAAUUCCUCUAAUGGCAAGGAUCUGCUACCCAUCAACAAGCCCAAGAAAAUAAAAAAUGGGACAAAUGAUAAGGCUGAACAGAAGAACUGUCCAAGGCCAAGGAAGAAUAUGUACAGAGGCAUAAGGCAAAGGCCAUGGGGGAAAUGGGCGGCUGAAAUUCGUGACCCGAAAAAGGGUGUUCGAGUCUGGCUCGGAACCUUCAGCACGGCGGAGGAAGCAGCCAGGGCCUAUGAUGACGCCGCCAAGCGCAUCCGUGGAGACAAGGCCAAGCUCAACUUUUCCAACAAUUCACCACCGUCGACUCCGCCAACCCCGCCCGUUCAGCCACCGGCCAAGCGGCUGUGCGUCAAUACUGAGCCAAACCCGUUAAUGGAUUACGGGAUUCAGACUACCCAGCAACAAGAAGUUUACUACCCAACCCAGGCGGUGGCUAGUCAAUCUUUUGAGUUGGAGGAUGAAAUUUCAAGCUUGGAAUCGUUGUUGGGAUUGGAACCAGCUGAGCCAUCUCAGUUUGUCAACACUGAGUCAGUCGACUCGGUUGAUCUUUGGAUGAUGGAGGACUUUGCACACAAUAAUCUGUUCUUCUGAACAGUAUUAAUUAAUCAAAUCCUAAGAUUAGAUUAUGUUAAUCUGGAUUAAGGCUGUUUAGAUUAUGUUUAAUGGUUUUUGUAUGGGAUAGUAUUAGAUGCAAUGUAUACAUCCAUAAAAAUAAAUUACUUGCGCUUUGCACGCAAUAUAAAUAUUGUCGAGGUAUGUCUCGAUAUAUUAUAUGCUUUUUUAUUUUGUUAA